AUGUGCUGGCACAGGGUCAGGCCGGAGAGUUACAAAGGAGAGCUAGAAGGCCAGGAUAGCCGCCCGGUGGUCGUGGGCAACACGGAGCAGAGCGGCCGCUGGGGGGCGGAGGAGCGGACGUACCACAUGCCCUUCCAGCCGGGCGUCUACUUCGAGGCGAUCCUCCACGUCAGGAACCACUGCUACCAGGUCUCUGUGAACGGUCAGCACUUCCUGGAAUACAAACACCGCCUUCCCCUUUAUACCGUCCAGAGCCUGGAGAUCAACGGCGACGUGACUGUGAACUGCAUCAGCUUCACAAAUCCCAGUGACUCGCGAUUCCAGCCCGCCCCAGCGUACGGAUUUCAACGCUGUGGGGCGUGGGGUUGCUAUUCUUCCCGGCCGGACACCGUUUACUGCAGGGAUGUCCGGUCCAGGAGAGGUGGCCGGGAGGGAGGCCCGAGCCGGAGGACUUCGGAGGAGCAGCGGGAGGAGGCCAUGCAGCCGAUCUCCAACGUGUUCGCCCAGCCGGUCUUCACCCAGCCGGUCUUCGGGGCUCCAGGUCCCAAAUUGUUUUCCCGGGAAAGGCUGCCUGUCAGUAUCGCUAGUCCUCCCAGUGCUAUCCCACAGUGCACUGGGCAGUUCUCCGUUCUGCACGACAUUGCUCAGGAUUCAGUCUGGUUCAGACAGCACCGCCGGCUGGAAGCCAUUUCAGGAGCUAGCUACUUCUGCGGGCGAUGCCUCUCCCCCGCCCACCUCUGCUUUAACCACUCAAGAGGACUGCCUUCUUUGACCAACAAUGUUGGCGCCAUCUGUUGGGGGAUAAAUCCAUCGCAUGCUUCAGGGCAAAGGCUGGUCUGGAAGCACCAGCUGCCCCGGAUUGUGACUAACCCCGCCAUCCCAUUCCAAGUGGCCCUACCAAAGAAUGCCUACCGCAAGAUCACCUUGGUGGGGAACGUGCCUUUCUAUGCCAACAGAUUCCACGUCAAUCUGAAACACAGCUUGACCGGGAACAUCGCCCUGCACAUCAACCCCCGGCUGAAGGAGCAGGCGCUGGUGCGCAACACCCAGACCCACGGCACGUGGGGCUCCGAGGAGCGGCAGGUCUCCACCCUGCCUUUCUCGCCAGGCCAAGCCUUCCAGAUGGAGAUCCUGAGCACGAAGAAUUGCUACCAGGUGUCGGUGAACGGGCUGCACGUGUUCAACUAUCUCCACCGCAUCCCGGCCCACCUGGUGGAUCAGCUGGAGGUAGCGGGGGACGUGACGCUCUCCAGUGUGCAGUACUGACCGAGAAGCCCUCCCAGUUCCAGCUGCUUGACCCAACCCCUCGGGCCGCAUCUCCUCCACCACUCCAAAGCCCCCUCCUCGACUCCAUUCAACAGCUCCACUGCGAAGCCCGGAGCCCGCAGUCACCAAAUUUCACCUCCGACCGGAAUUCAGAAGUUUCACCCCAGGGAUGGAGAAGGGGAGGGCUUCUGGUUUUGUCUGUAUACGUGUCUGAUCCCGUAGAUUAGAGCAGUGAUUAGUCAACCUGUCCGGAUUAGUGUA